AGGUGCCCCCUCACCCAAAUGUACCUUCCGGAGGCGAUGUGAGGUUCGCAAGUGGGAAGGAGCCUGAGCUGGGUGCUUGCUUCGAGUCUCGAGUCUUGGCGGCCUCGACUGACUAAAAACUUCACCACGGCACUCAUAUGCUCCUUCUUUGAACACCCUGAAAUCCCCUGGGCUUUGCUGCAUGUGUACCUUCCCUCCCUGGGAACAGGUGUAAACGAACCUGCCGAGCUUGUACGUGCUUGCCAAUUCGUUCCUGGCAUCCAUCAUGGCCUCUCCGCCGCCUCCUCCCCCAAAGUCGCCGACACCGUUUAGCAGCAUCCCGCGGCGGCACUUCACGCCCGCGUCGCGAGCCGAGCCCGUCUCUCCGCGGUCGUCAACCGGCUCCCUGCCACAAGCCACCGAACUGUCGACGGCGCCUCCAAGCCCGUCUCCCGAUGCUGCACCAACGGGCGAGACGCGCAUGAUAAUUGCCUUGGACUACGGCACAACCUUUACCGGCAUCGCGUACCUGUCCAUUGCGUCCGGGCGCAAGGAAAACGACCUCGAGCUGCUUGCCGACGACAUCCGCGUAAUCCAGUCAUUCAAGAAGACCGAGUCCCAGAAAGUCCCCUCGGAAAUAUCCUACUCACCCUCUCCCAAAGGCUGUGAACAAUGGGGUUAUGACAUUGACGACAACUCUCGAGUCCUCAAGUGGACUAAGCUCGACCUUGAAGAGACUAAGAACCGCACUACAGAGCUGCGUACCCUUGCCGAGACGUUGUACGGUCUUAGGACCUUGAACUUGAGUGAAGAUGAGGUCAUCAAAAACAACAUUCCCCGACAUCUAGCAAAGGAGCCCGAGGACAUCGUCAAGGACUAUCUCGACCACAUCGCCGAGAAGACACACGACGCGAUUAGCAACGAAGUCGGAAGGCUUGUCUUGGCCAAAUUCCCCAUCGACAUGGUUGUCACUCACCCAGCGCAAUGGUCGGAUCGGGCACUUAAUUCAACAUACCGCGCCGUUCGUGCAGCAUUCAACCACGAUUUGUUUCCUAAGAUCCGAGAUAUUGCAUUUGUGAGCGAGCCGGAAGCAUGCGCCCACUACACGCUGCGCGAAGCAUGGCGGAAGGACCACUUGCGGUUUAGAAGAAACGACUGCUUCAUUGUUGUCGACGCCGGCGGUGGAACUGUGGAUUUGGCUUCGUACAAAGUUGUAAAUAUGGACUACGAUACCAGGCAGAUCAGCCUGGAACAAGUGGGCCGUCCGAUAGGUGAUAAAUGUGGCGCUACAGAAAUCGAUAAAGCUUUUGACAGGUUCGUCGAGGAGCGGUUAGGUCCAGAAGACUGGGACAAGUUGACGGAUGCCGACGCCCAAGACCACGCCACCGGAGGACACUCUAUUGUCAAGCCGAAGCUCCGGACAUUACACGACCGUUUUGAGCCUAUCAAGCACCAAUACGACGGCAAAGACCAAAAACUCGCAUGGCCGGUUCAGCUACCGCGAGGGGUUGGCACGGUUGACAAGGAGGAAAUGGGCAUCUUGAACGGAGCCAUCAAGAUCACGGCGGACGACCUAAAAGGAAUGUUUAAUUAUUCUGUCUCUAGAACUUUGGUCCUUAUCGGUCAGGCGGCAGCUCAGAUCGAGAUUGGCCAGCGACUCAAGGUCAAGAAAAUCUUUCUCUCUGGCGGUUUUGCCCGAAACCAAUAUCUGUAUGACAGAGUCAAUCAGUUUGGUCUUACCCGACGGAUUGAGGUCGAGAGAGGCGACGACUGCUGGAUCGCUGUUGCAAAGGGGGCCAUAAUAAAGUCGUUGGGCGUCUACACCGAGAAGCCAGCACUGGUAAAGAGCUGUCCCCGGCAUUAUGGCAUCAAAGUUCGGACACAGUUUGCAUCAUACAAGCACCAGCAAGGCGAUGCUGAGGUCGAUGUUGAGGGCAUCCAGUGGGCGACAGACCAGAUCCGCUGGUUCAUCCUGAAGGGAGAUGCUCUUUUCCCAAACAAGCCCAUCGUGGCUACCUACGACUGCCACUGGUCCAUGAAGGCCACCGAAUUCCCCUCUCCCCAGAACAAACGGUCCUCGCAUUUGCCGCUGUCGUCAACGGAGGUUUAUAGAGAUGUUGUUUUCGUUGCUUCAUCGCGAGACGAAGCGCCCACGCGCUUCGCAUCAAUCAGCACAGCUCAAGACCAGGUUGUUACGCUGAGAUGCGACUUGACUAAAGUGCCGCCGAACAAGACGGGCGAAUUCACGAACAAGCAAGUCGGCAAGUACCUGAAGUUCUGGGUCAAGGUGGAGAUACAUGUCUCGGACAAGGUUGAAGUCAAAAUCACGAGCGGCGACAAAACACUGGCAUCCAAAGAGUUACCCCUUGGGUCUCUGUGAUAGAGCUACUGCGACGUUACGCAUUGGGGUUUUGAAAUAAGAGCACUUCUGAGACGUUCGAGAAAGGCGGAGCCGAGCGUGUGGACUGUAGAAUGCACAAUAAAUUAUUGCUACGGCCAUCCCAUGAGUUCGAGGCGGAAGGGUGGCGAGUA